CAGCGGAGCGGAGGCGGCCUCCCCGCACCGGAUCGCCUGAGGCGGGGUCCCUGCGGUUUGCGGGAUCGCCCUCUGAGGGGCCAGCACGGGCUGUGUGCAGGCGGAUGUGAGGAGCAUGUCAAUUGGCGGGCGGGGGAAGCGGGAUCAGGUUGUUACUACUGCAGAGAGAGAGAGAGAGGGAGAGAGAGAGAAGAGCGAGCAAGAGAGAGAGCGCGCGCGCUAGCAAGAGAGGGAGCUGCAGGCGGCAGGAGAGCUGCAGCGGCCCGGCCGGCUGCGAAGUGGGAAAGAGGGACCUCGACUUCAGGACCCCGGGGGUCCCCUCCGUUCUUCCUGUCACCAGCUCACACCGAACUGCCCCGAACGUCCCUGCUGUCCCCUCUGCCACCAUGAGGAACAUCUUCAAGAGGAACCAGGCGCCCAUUGUGGCUCCUGCCACCACUACUGCCCCGAUGCCAGUCGGCCCUGCAGACAACUCCACGGGGAGCGGGGGUGCAGGGGAGAGCCAGGAGGACAUGUUCGCCAAGCUGAAGGACAAGUUCUUCAACGAGAUCAACAAGAUCCCCUUGCCUCCCUGGGCUCUGAUCGCCAUCGCCGUGGUCGCGGGCCUCCUGCUCCUCACCUGCUGCUUCUGCAUCUGCAAGAAAUGCUGCUGCAAGAAGAAGAAGAACAAGAAGGAGAAGGGCAAAGGCAUGAAGAACGCCAUGAACAUGAAGGACAUGAAGGGGGGCCAGGAUGACGAUGACAAUGAGACAGGCCUGACCGAGGGGGAAGGCGAAGGGGAGGAGGAGAAGGAGCCGGAGAACCUGGGCAAACUGCAGUUUUCCUUGGACUAUGAUUUUCAGGCUAACCAGCUCACGGUGGGCGUUCUGCAGGCUGCUGAGCUACCUGCCCUGGACAUGGGCGGCACCUCAGACCCUUACGUCAAAGUCUUCCUUCUUCCAGACAAGAAGAAGAAAUAUGAGACCAAAGUCCAUCGGAAGACCCUGAACCCUGCCUUCAAUGAGACCUUUACCUUCAAGGUGCCAUACCAGGAGCUUGGGGGCAAAACCCUGGUGAUGGCCAUCUACGACUUUGACCGCUUCUCCAAACAUGACAUCAUUGGAGAGGUAAAGGUGCCCAUGAACACCGUGGACCUUGGCCAGCCCAUCGAGGAGUGGAGAGACCUGCAGGGCGGAGAGAAGGAGGAGCCAGAGAAGCUGGGCGACAUCUGCACCUCCCUACGCUACGUGCCCACGGCCGGGAAGCUCACUGUCUGCAUCCUGGAGGCCAAGAACCUCAAGAAGAUGGACGUGGGUGGCCUUUCAGACCCCUAUGUGAAGAUCCACCUGAUGCAGAACGGCAAGAGGCUCAAGAAGAAGAAGACAACGGUGAAGAAGAAGACCCUGAACCCCUACUUUAACGAGUCCUUCAGCUUUGAGAUCCCCUUUGAGCAGAUCCAGAAAGUCCAGGUGGUGGUCACUGUGCUGGACUAUGACAAGCUGGGCAAGAAUGAAGCCAUCGGCAAGAUCUUUGUGGGCAGCAACGCCACGGGCACAGAGCUGCGACACUGGUCUGACAUGCUGGCCAACCCCCGGAGGCCCAUCGCCCAGUGGCACUCACUGAAGCCGGAGGAGGAGGUGGACGCACUUCUGGGCAAGAAUAAGUAGAUGGCCGAGGCUGGGACCCCGUGCCCUUGAUGGACACUGACAAGAUCCAGAGCUAUCAAUACCUCAGUUAUGCGACCUUAGAGGUUUUCUUCAUCGUUUGUGGUUGUGUCCUUGUUUUUCCUUCCUUUUCUCUUUUUCAAGACCAACUUUCCUUUGAUGGCUGUGUGAGGAGAGUCCCCUAAGAGGUGGAAGAGAAGCCUGGCUCUGUUCGUCGUCCCAGGAGCUGCGGUCGCUGCAUGCCCUGCCGGUUCCCCCUCACUCUCUCAAAGCUUUGUUCAAGCCUCACCCUGGGUGAGGCCCUCUCCUGGCGGGAAGUUGCAGCGCUUCCUGGUUUUUGUGCGUUCUGGACCAACAACAUGGCAGCACAUCUUGCUUUGCAACAGCCAAGGCAACACAGUAGCCAACGUGUGUGUGUGUGUGUGAGUGUGUGGGUGUCUGAGUAUUUUUCUUCAUUCCUGGGAUGAGCCAUAGACAGUGAUCCUCUGUGGGAAGAGAAGGCUCUUCAUGGACAUGAGGAGAUGAAGAAAGUCCACUGUCUGAGUGGAACAUGGUCUACCAGAUGGCGGAGAAGGCUCAGAAUCCCAGUCAGAGGCUGGAAGCCCUCAUACUCUUCUGGGUGGACAUUUGGGAGGCAGCAAGAUGUGGGCACUGGAUGUGUCCAGAACUAGGACCAGACCCCUGAUGCCGUCACAGACUUCCUCCUGUCAAUCAUGUUUCCCCAGAAGUGGGGUUUCUGGGACAUUCAUGGAAAUGAACUAUCCCUAGAUUGGUUAGACUCUUCACAGGGACCGUCAGUCCCAGGAUCUCACUCUUGCUGACAAUGAACAUUGAACUAUGAAGCAACAGAAGUCCUGUUACCCUGAAAGACCAAGCUUAAGCUCCUGGAUCUUUGCCCCAACUAGUGGGAAACACACUUUCUCCCUUUCCAGAGUCUCAGCAGCACGGUUCAUGGGCCCUUGUUCUCCAUGAUGCUUUUGCUUCUGUUUGUCUUUGCAUCUAAGUGGACCAACACUGUCUGAAGACGUGUUAUCUGUACAGAGCCAGAGAACGUUAAAAGGAAGGCUUAAAUGUGCUUAGUUUCCCUGAGGUCCAGGUAAGAAGGGGGUGGUUAGAAGGGAAGGAUGAUGGGCAGAUGCUGGAGAUUUUCUGAGACGGUACAGAGGGGAGCAGUGGGAUUCCUUCCAUUCCUAUUCCUUGCUCCCUGGGCCCUCUGCUUUCCAUGCUUGGCUUAUGGAUUGCUAGAGCGGCCCAGCGAGACGUGCGAGGAGGCCCCAGCCUUCCAUUCAUCAGAGAGACUUUUCUCGGUGAAUGUCAAGAUGUGAAUGCCAUUCAUUUGAAAUGGGUGGAGACCAACCAGUGUUUCAUCAAUUUUAUUUUAUUUUGUGGUGCUGGGGAUCACACCCAGGGCCUCCUGCAUGCUAGGCAAGCACUUAAGCUAUAUUCCCAGCCUUGUGCCAGGUUUUCUACCCCAUGCCCAGUUGUGUCCCAUACCUGUUCACCUUUUGUCCCUAGCAUUGAUAAAAAGCCAUAUAUAUGUUAGUCAGAUUUGCACUGAGUUCCCUUCCAAAACUUCAGCAUGGCCAAGAGAGUCAGGCCCCCAUGUGGCUAGAGGCCAGCCCUCCUUGUCUCCCUUCCUCUAAUCUCUCUCUUCCCUCCUUAAAGCUCUCAGGCUCUUGGUAUUUCCCUACCAGAGAAAAAUCACAUCUUCUCCAGGAGGCUGGGGAUCACUCUCUUUCCCAGUAAAAAAUGGCAGAAUUUUCCUUCUGCCCCAUUUGAGCCACUUCAGCUUCCUGUAGGUACCUGACACAGGUAGAUGGUGAUGGAGUGAAUCAGGCUUUGAGGCCCCAGCACAGAGAAGGUGCAGAGUAUCUUUUUAUUCAAAAAAGUGGGGGGAGGAAGGAAUUUGGUUUUGCUUGGCUUUGUUUUUUUUUUUUGGUUGAAGCAGGGAGUGAGAGGACACUUACAGCAGAAACAGACCGGGAAGCAGGACUUGGCUUGCCUCUCUCAGAGUCCCUUCCCUUCCUACCAGUGGCCCUUGGUACAUGGGAAGUUAUGCAUUUUAUACUCCGUGUGUGUGUGUGUGUGUGUGUGUGUGUGUGUGUGUGAACAAUGAGAAGGUAGCACUCUGAUAAGGAUUAUGAGCAGUGGUCCUUGGGACCAGAGUUGUGGUCAUGGUAGAAAACUGUAGGACAAUAGGGUGCCUUCAGAAUCAAGGUGGCCACAGAGUACCAGAGUCUUGGUGUGGACAUCAGAAGUCACUGGACUCUUCUUCCCUCCCCAGAGCUGAGGCAUUUUGGUGCUUUCUCAGGGUCCUUCCUCACUUACGUCCCCGCGAACCUCAUUCAUGGAAACCCCCUGUCAAUCUCACCCCCUUGACCUUCCUUCUUCUGCCUUCUCCCAAUCCACUUCCUACCACCUGGGAUUCUUCUCUGCCCAUGAGCUUCAUUUAACCCUUCUAGCGCCUAAGAUCUACCACUUCCCAAACAGAGAAGGAAAGGAAACCUCUGGUGUUUCGUGUGUGCCUGGGCCUGGAGAUAGAGGCUGGACAGUUCCUAUUCAGAGCCCACCUUAAGCGGAGCCUGGAGGGGACAGGCUGCUGAGGCUUCUACUGGUAGCACGGUGGGUGCUGGGAGCGUGUCCUCCCUCAGGUCCCAGCUGGUCCUGAUGAGCUCCCAGAAUGGGAGGGGAAGUCCACAAGCAGGUGGGACAUGCUAAUGCUGGACAGUUUCUAUAGCUGACAGCUGAGGAAGCCUAACCACAGAGCAUCCUUCUAAACCCCGACUGCUGUAUGGAUUUAUUCCUGGGGAUGUCAGGGUCCUGGAGUGUGAGAGCUAAUCAGGACAGAGUUAGGUGUCUGACUAGUGAGGGGUUCAGGAUGCUUCUGGGGCUAUGAGUUUUCAUUCCAAAGUCUGUUCCAGAGAGAGGAAAGUACUUAGUUGAGAGCAGCAUUUUUACAGAGGGACUGAAACUAUGAAAAUCCAAACUCAGAGCCACUCAGAAACUAGGACGAGGGCUAAGGCUGCUUUCUCCCUGAAUCAUCUAUGUAGAAGGAAAACCAACUCUGCCAAAGCUACGGGCAGAUUUUUUAGAGUUUGGAAGCAGAAGCUGAGGCCUGGGAGAGGCUGAGCAGGUGCUCGGGGUGAAGGAGAAACCACGGUCCUGGAGCUUCUUGGCUGGAGGUUGGAUGACAGGGAUCAGGCCACAGUUUCAGGUCCUGGUCUUCUUUCUAAUCAAGAAACCAUACAUAGCGUGUGUCUCUGCAGAAUCAGAUUUGGGUGAUUUUGCUGGCCCCAGGCUUCAGGGAGAGAAGAGGGGUGGCUGCAGGGUCUCUCAUAAACUGGCUUCUAUGUGAUGGGGUGAGGGAAGGGUGGGUAGGAGACAGCAGAGGCUCUCCCUGGCUGCGGAAGCAAGAGAUUCCUUGUUCCUUUAAUGUUCUAGGCUAUUCUUUGAGUCUUCAGUUCUGAUCUCACCCAGCCCUGUAGAGAGAGCCUGUCCCACCUCAAGAGGAAGAGAUGGAGCCAGUGACUGCCCUCUUACCCUCUGCCUUCACCCUUUCCCUCCUCAGGCUCGUUGGGGCCUUUCAUCAGAGCCAUGGGUGGUGGCAGGCAGGGAGCCCUAGGUCCUUAUCCUUGUGGCACAGAGUCCCGUGAUAUACAGUGCCAGAUUUGGAAAGUAAAAAUAUAGGAUGGUCGAAUUCAGAAUUUCAGAUAAACAAUACAAUUUUAAGGAUGUCGUAGGCAAUAUUUGGGACACACUAUACUUAAAAAUGGUUCAUCGUUUAUCUGAAAUUCAAAUUUAACUGGCCAUCCUGUACUGUGUCUGACAACCCUACCCUAUGACCACAUCCCUCCUCUCCUGCUCAGUCCCAGGGGGCCAGAGGUUGGUCACCACGGAUUUGACCUAACCUGUUUUUUGAAAUGCAAUAUUGAGAAGGGGACACUGUGACUUGAAGAUACAUGAAUAUACUUUAUUUUUUAAGCGACAACAAAAGCACCUUUUGAAGCCAUUUGAGCCUCAUCCAACCCCUGCCAUAUGCAUUUAGUUAUAUAUUAAAAGAAGAUAGUUAUCUAUAAACAUACGAACAGAAUCUUGUUGAGUCAAGAUGCAUGUCUAUAAACUUCUGUAAAUAGCCGCAUGGCAAUGCUGAGAGUCCCCUCGGUCCCCCAACCUCAGGCCUAUUUUACAGAACUGGUCAAGGCUGCUCCUUCUCUUUUCUGUUGUGUGACGUCUUUGUCCCCAGCUCCACACCCGCCCUUCCCCAGUGGGAAUCCCAUAAUGGGAGCUGUCAGGGGAUGGGAACGGGUUUCCAGCCCUGGUGCUGGCCCUGUUGGAGAAGAUGCUGGAGGACACCAUGGCCCCGAAGGCCCCCCGUCUGCGGUGCAUCUAUGGGCAGGGCCAAGGCACGCCGUGUCCCACCUGCUGUCUGGUGUCCACUGUUUCUGUGUUCUGUGUCCGUGUGUGGCGUGGCUCCUUUCCUCCCGCUGUCUAAAUAACUGAAAAGCCAUAAAGGGGGCCUUCUGCUGGAGACUGCCCUCCGCCCUCCCAGGAGCCCCCAUGUCCCUCCGACUGGCUCCCCACAGAACACUUGUGAAGGGCUCACUUGUUGUCCUCCCCUCCUGCUUCCUCAGCCCCGUGUCAUGAGGAUGGACGGUGGCCAGGGCUUCUGGUGGGGCCUUGGGAGGUGUCCCUGGCUGGCUGUGGUCUGAUGGCUCCACUCCAUCUCCACCCUGAUGGUGCAUGGUGGGACGCCACAGUUCUGCUACUUUCCUGGGGGCCCUGCAGAGUCAACCCAGAGUUUCAGGAGCCGCCAGUCAGCAGCUCAGUCUGUGGUCGGGUUUCCAUUUACGACCUGGGUCCUCAACCAGCCUGGCCUACUUGCCACUGAGGUGUCAGGGUCCAUAGAGGGUAAUGGAGGAGGAACUCGUGGGGGGAAACCUAGGGCUGGUAGUGGGUUAGGCUUUAUCCCCAUCUUCCUUCUGCAGUCUGAGAGAGAGCACCCCAAUAGUGUGGUGGCCCUAGGGCUGCCAGGCUCCUCCAGAAGUGGUGGGUAGGUGCCGUGGUUAUGGAUAGCUUAGAGGACCCUUGGCAGAACAGGUGUGUUCUGGGCUCUGGCCUUCACGCUGGCUCCCCCAGUCCCCGCCAGGCACAGCAAGCAGUAGGGACCCAAAGCCUUCCAAGGUCCCUGGUUGAAGUGCAGUCCCCAGCCUGCAGCCCCAGGCCCCCAGAGCACAGGAGGGCGGUGAUGCAUGCGAGUAACCCAGGAAGCCUCGGGCUGAGAAGAGCUUGAGGAGAAUCAGGCGGGUUGUGUUAGACAAGGCCAGAGGUGGCAGAGUGAGCCUUGCCAGUUACAAACCACAGCACCCGGGCACACAAAAAUCCCAGGGCCAGCUCUCUUGGUCCCUCCCAUUUUCCACAGACACGGAAAUUGAGGCAAGAUUGGAGGGAGGGUCUGUGGUGAGGGGGCAGCCUCCGUGAGGGGGGCAAGGGAGCUUCCGCUGUGCCUCCCUUAGCAACCCAGAUUUUAGGGGGUCCUCUUUAGAGAAGCAUGACCAGUAUGCCCUGACCCUGCUCAUCUAAGGACUUGAUUGGUUGCUUUCUAAAAACCCUGGGGCCUGAAAAGUUGAAAACUAGGCCCAGUUCACCCUGGACCAUCUUGCCCCACCAGGAGCCCUCCUGUCCACACACGUGCAGCCCUCGCCACCCGCCCCCGCUUGGCAAUGCCCUCCACCCCCUCAUGUGGACUCUGUUGUUCUUGUCUGAUCUCUUGUCAAAUUGUUAUUUUGUAAUGAGCUGCGUCUCCUUAUUAAAGAAAUGAGUUGAAAGAAA